AUGACAAAUCAUCAGCAUCAACAUCAUGAGGAACAUCAUCAGGAUCUCUCACAUAGAGAGAAUAGAUACACUGUGAGUGGGACUACUACUCUGGAAGAGGAUCCCUCACCCGUUCAGAAACCAUAUAGUGAGGAAGGAAAUGCUCCUUCGUAUCAAAAGAGUACAACCAUUGAAGAAGAACAACAACAAGAUGAAGAGCAACAACAAGAAGAAUCAACAAGGAAUACAACAAAUACCUUAAGUACCUCAAUAUUCUUCUCUUCUAAGGCAAAGGUUUCUCCCAUGAAUUCAUCCAAACCGAAUCAUCACUAUAAAAACAACUCUACUCAAAAGAAGGAAUCCAAGACAGUUGCAGUUAAAACGCAGAGCUCACUCCUAUCCAGUAUCACCAGUUCUAAAAACUUUGAUAAUAACCUUCAAAAUCUUGCCAAGACAGAUCCAUUUGAUGACAUGGAAAAGAUGAGAACGUCAAUCACGCAGAAAUCGAUAUCCUCAUCAGUAGUCUCUUACUCUAUCGUCAGUAGAAACCAGCAACGAAAGAAGAGAGUAAGCUUUUCAAAACUCGUUGCCAUGAUUCCUCUUCCUGUGAAACUUUUCUUUAUUGUGAUUUUAUCAAUCAUUUCGCUUGUGGUUUUUGGAGCCAUAUUAGUGAAUGAUUCUGCAAAGCGAGUUCUUGAAGCACAGAGUAUUCAGAAAUUAACGACCUUCUCCACCAAUAUUGCCCAAAUCAUCCACGAACUGCAAAAGGAACGUGGAUCUUCAUCACUCUUUCUUGGUGGUAAAGGUAAAAAGUUUGUGGUUGAAUUGGCUACACAGAGGAAUGCCACAAACCUUGCCCUCUCUAAAUGGAAUGAAACUAGGGCUUCUAUUGCAGAAUUUUUCGAUUUACUGAUAGAACAAGAUGAAAUUACAAGGAAUCAGACGUAUACAGUUAUUCAAAUUAUUGAGAAUAUCUAUUUGAAUGUCCUGCCUUCUCACAGAGAAAAGAUUUCAAAUUUACAAUUUCCAGUGGCCAAACCUGCAUUGGAUUUUUUCACAAAUUGCAUUAAGAAUAUGAUUGAUGUGGUGUCUGUAUUGGCUGCUUUGGCUGAAGAUCGUAAAUUCCUCGUCGUGACCAACAUCUAUACACUCUUGAUGGUCAUGAAGGAAAGUUUAGGUCAGAGAAGAGCUGUUGGUAGUAAUGCUGUGGCUGCUGGUGCUUUCACCAAUGAUCUCUAUGUAAACUUUUUAUAUUUAAAGUCAAGAUAUGAUACCAUGUACAUGGUCAUUGAUGCCAAAUCGAGGAACAGGGAUAGUCUUGGAUACUAUCAACAAUUAACUGGAUAUGUAAAGAGUAACGCUGUUGUUGAUAUGAUGGAAUCAUACAUGUUGUCUUCACCAUUCAAUUUAACAAAAGCCCAAUCGGUGUUUUCUGCAGAGAAUUGGUUUUGGAAUGUGACUACCAAGAUUGAUGAAUUAAAAGUAGUGGAAGAUAACAUUAGAGAUGGCAUAUUUAAUAACUCGCAAAGUAUUGAAUCAUCGGCCAAAGAUUCUCUUAUGGGUUAUUGUGUUGGUGGUUUCAGUGUUGUAAUUGCUUCUAUCAUUUUGGCUGUAAUCUUUUCAAGGACUAUUCAAGAUUUGUUAAGGUUGCACAAUGAGACAGUUCACAAGUUUGUUCCAAAGGAAUUCAUGUCGAUUGUUCAAAAGGAUAGCGUCAUGGAUUUGAAUCAUGGUGAUUACUUUGAAAUGGAAUUGGAUGUGUUGUUUGCUGACAUUAGAGGUUAUACGAGUAUUUGUGAAAAGAUGACACCAGAUGAGACGUUUGAGUUUUUGAAUAAUUAUUUGUCAUUGGUUGGACCAGUUGUGAGAGAACAUGGUGGAUAUAUUGACAAGUAUUUGGGUGAUGGUAUUUUGGCAUUGUUUUUAACUCCUGGUCAAUCUGUUUUAGCAGCAAUGGAAUUACAAAGAAGAUUAUUAGAAUUCAAUAAGAGUAAGAAAUAUCCAACAGUUAGAGUUGGAAUUGGAAUUGCAAGAGGAAAAUGUGCAGUUGGAUUGAUUGGUGAAGAUCAAAGAGUUGAUCCAACCAUAAUUGGAGAUACUGUCAAUUUGGCAGCUCGUUUGGAAUCUUUGACUAAACAUUACAGAGUUGACAUUAUGGUAACAAGAGAUGUAAUUGAUUCAUCACCACUUUUAUCCAAUGCCAAAUACAGAAAUAUUGGAAAGAUUGCAGUUGUUGGAAGACAACAAUCAUGCACCAUAUUUGAAAUUUUGACAGAAUCUCCAUCUUUUGGUUCAGUUGACAGUAAGAAGAAACAUAAGGAUAAAUUCGAAGCAUCCAUUGCCAUGAUGUAUGAAAAGGAUUUGUUUAAUCCAAUUCAAGCACUUGAUUAUCUGAAACAAAUUCAAGAAGUUGACUCGCAGGAUUAUUUAGUUCAAAUGAGAAUAACAAAAUUGGAAGAAAUUUUGAGUGCCAAUACAAUGUGGUCAUUUGAAGAUCGACUUGAUUUUAAAUAA